UGUUUUUACAUGGGCUCUUCAGUGGCAUUUGAUAUAUGCAUUUCAUGUCCGAUUGAAGAAAAGAGUGAAAAAGCGGUUUCCUUCCCAUCUCAUGACAAACUGAACUCACUGUGAGUGGGAGGGCGGUCCAUGAUGAUGAUGAGCCUGCUAGCAGCCUUCGAGCAGGCUGUUAGCCGUGUGGAGCUAGCGUGCUACCGAACUGUGCAGUUUAUUUUCGGGAGAGCACGAUGAAGAUCAUCAUGGAGUAUUACAGACUUAUUCCACUACAGCGUACUGACAACAUCACUGGGAGCUAGGGGUGUCUUUCAUCCACCACAGCGGGUCUGUCCCGACCCCUUAGUGUCAUUGUUUGGAUGGACUAACGCAAGAGCUAGCACCGCCGCUUCAGACUUCCCGAGCGGGCACGAAUGGGAUUUACCCAGCUAGCCGCUGCUAAUGGUUGUGCUGGCUGACUAGCUUCGCGGCUAACCGGUUAGCCUUAGCUAGCUGACACAGUUGGUUGACAUCACUCAUCUGAUAAUUACCGGCCUCUGAAAAUAGCGAUUUGUUGGCACGACCAUGCCUCCCAGGCCCUCCUCAGGAGAACUAUGGGGGAUGCACUUGAUGCCCCCCAGCAUCCAUGUGGACUGCCUUCUGCCAAAUGGCAUGAUUCUCACGUUGGAGUGCCUCCGGGAGGCUACGCUGAUCACAGUCAAGCAUGAGCUUUUCAAAGAGGCCAGGAAGUACCCUCUUUACCAUCUGCUGCAGGAGGAGAGCUCCUACAUCUUUGUCAGUGUCACCCAGGAAGCAGAGCGGGAGGAGUUUUACGAUGAGACCAGGAGGUUGUGUGAUCUCAGGCUCUUUCAGGCCUUCCUUAAAGUCAUUGAGCCAGUAGGCAACAGAGAAGAGAAAAUUCUCAACAGAGAGAUAGGUUUUGCCAUUGGGAUGCCUAUAUGUGAGUUUGAUUUGGUGAAAGACUCAGAAGUGCAGGACUUCAGAAGGAACAUUUUAAAUGUUUGCAAAGAGGCUGUGGACCUCAGAGACAGUAAUGGACCGCACAGUAGAGCUUUGUACGUGUAUCCUCCUAAUGUAGAAUCCUCUGCAGAACUUCCCAGGCACAUCUAUAACAAGCUAGAUAAAGGUCAAAUCAUUGUGGUCAUAUGGGUUAUUGUGUCACCCAGCAAUGACAAGCAGAAGUAUACCCUGAAGAUCAACCACGACUACGUGCCGGAGCAGGUGAUUGCCGAAGCCAUCCGUAAGAAGACGCGUAGUAUGCUGCUCUCCCAGGAGCAGUUGAAGAUGUGCGUGCAGGAGUAUCAGGGAAAGUACAUCCUUAAAGUGUGCGGCUGUGACGAGUACUUACUGGAGAAAUACCCUCUGAGUCAGUACAAGUAUGUGCGCAGCUGUAUCAUGCUGGGACGGAUGCCCAACUUGAUGCUAAUGGCAAAAGACAGCCUGUAUUCCCAGCUGCCCAUGGACAACUUCACCAUGCCGUCAUAUGCAAGGCGAAUAUCUACAGCGACGCCCUACAUGAAUGGGGAAACAGCCACAAAGUCUCUGUGGACUAUCAACGGAACGCUGAGGAUCAGGAUACUGUGCGCCACUUACGUCAAUGUCAACAUCAGAGACAUUGACAAGAUCUACGUCAGGACUGGGAUAUACCACGGUGGAGAGCAGCUGUGUGACAACGUCAACACACAGCGCGUGCCCUGCUCGAACCCCAGGUGGAACGAGUGGCUGAACUACGACAUGUACAUUCCAGACAUCCCCCGCGCUGCCCGACUCUGCCUUUCCAUCUGCUCUGUGAAAGGAAGGAAGGGAGCGAAAGAGGAGCACUGUCCUCUUGCCUGGGGCAACAUCAACCUGUUUGACUACACCCACACACUAGUAUCAGGGAAGAUGGCUCUCAACCUCUGGCCUGUCCCACAUGGCCUGGAGGACCUGCUCAACCCUAUCGGCGUCACAGGCUCCAAUCCAAACAAGGAAACACCUUGUCUCGAGCUGGAGUUUGACCAUUUCAGUUGCCCUGUCAAGUACCCUGAUAUGGCCAUCAUCGAGGACCACGCAAACUGGAAUAUAUCCAGAGAGCUUGGCUUUAAUUACUGCCACACCGGUUUGAGUAACAGAUUGGCGCGUGACAACCCCCUGACCGACAACGACAAUGACCAGCUUCGACAGGUGUGUAACAGAGACCCGCUGUCUGAAAUCACUGAGCAGGAGAAAGACUUUCUAUGGAGGCACAGACAAGACUGCGUCAACAUGCCAGAGAUCCUCCCCAAGAUCCUCCUGGCUGUGAAAUGGAACUCCAGAGAUGAAAUUGCACAGAUGUAUUGCCUCCUGAAGGACUGGCCUGCUAUCAAACCAGAGCAAGCCAUGGAGUUGCUGGAUUGCAACUUCCCUGAUCCUAUGAUCAGAGAGUUUGCCGUAAAGUGCCUUGAGAAAUAUUUAACUGAUGACAAACUCUCACAGUACCUCAUUCAACUGGUUCAGGUUCUAAAGUACGAGCAGUACCUUGACAACCCGCUUGCACGCUUCCUUCUGAAAAAGGCAUUAACCAAUCAGAGAAUAGGACAUUUUUUCUUCUGGCAUUUGAAGUCAGAGAUGCACAACAAGACAGUGAGCCAGCGGUUCGGCCUGCUGCUAGAGUCGUACUGCCGGGCCUGUGGCAUGUAUCUGAAGCACCUAAGCAGACAGGUGGAGGCCAUGGAGAAACUCAUCAAUCUCACUGACCUCCUCAAACAGGAGAAGAAAGAUGAGGCGCAGAAGGUUCAAAUGAAGUUUCUGGUGGAGCAGAUGAGGAGGCCUGAUUACAUGGACGCCCUGCAGAGCUUCACAUCUCCACUGAAUCCAGCACAUCAGCUGGGAAACCUCCGCCUGGAGGAAUGCAGGAUGAUGUCAUCAGCCAAGCGGCCUCUAUGGCUUAAUUGGGAAAACCCAGAUAUGAUGUCGGAGCUGCUUUUCCAGAACAAUGAAAUCAUCUUCAAAAAUGGAGAUGAUCUGAGGCAGGACAUGCUGACGCUGCAGAUCAUUAGGAUAAUGGAGAACAUCUGGCAGAACCAAGGCCUUGAUCUCAGGAUGCUGCCAUAUGGCUGUCUGUCGAUCGGCGACUGUGUGGGUUUGAUUGAGGUGGUGAGGAACUCUCACACCAUCAUGCAGAUCCAGUGUAAAGGAGGCCUAAAGGGGGCACUGCAGUUCAACAGCCACACGCUGCACCAGUGGCUCAAGGAUAAGAACAAGGGAGAGAUGUACGACCAGGCCAUAGAUCUGUUCACACGGUCAUGUGCAGGCUACUGUGUAGCCACGUUUAUCCUGGGCAUAGGCGACAGACACAAUAGCAACAUAAUGGUCAAAGAUGAUGGACAGCUGUUCCACAUAGACUUCGGCCAUUUUCUCGACCACAAAAAGAAGAAGUUUGGGUACAAGAGAGAACGUGUGCCCUUUGUGCUCACACAGGACUUCUUGAUUGUUAUUAGCAAAGGAACUCAAGAGUGCACCAAAACAAGGGAGUUUGAAAGGUUCCAGGAGAUGUGUUACAAGGCGUACCUGGCAAUCCGGCAGCACGCCAACCUCUUCAUCAACCUCUUCUCUAUGAUGCUGGGCUCAGGGAUGCCCGAGCUGCAGUCAUUCGACGACAUCGCUUACAUCAGAAAGACGCUGGCCUUGGACAAGACGGAGCAGGAGGCCCUGGACUACUUCAUGAAGCAGAUGAACGAUGCUCACCAUGGCGGCUGGACUACCAAGAUGGACUGGAUCUUCCACACAAUACGCCAGCACGCCAUGAACUGAAACGACACCAGAGAGGAGUAACAGCAACAACAGCACAUUAAGAACCAAAAGAAUAGUAAGAAGCGAGCGAGGUAUUUUCCCCAAACUCACUAAGGUCUGGUUAUUACUUCUGCCAGCAUGUGACUCUGAAACAUUACCUGCCAGAGCCCCACAAAAUAAGGGUGCUGAGAAGGGCCUAUUUCAGGGACACAAAGCGAAAAUGCUCCUGUCUCUGCAGGUUUCUGAAUCUCUUCUCCCUGCCCUUUGAACCAAGGCAGGGUGGAGAUAUAUUUCAUCGGUCUUCUUCAUAGGAACUAAACACAUCUAAUGGACCUCAAAAAAGUUAUUUUUAUUUUUAUUUUUUUUUUUUUUAUUCCUUUCAGUACAUCUUCAUCCAUCAGCAUUAAGAAAGGAACAUCAUGAAGUGGUGUACCAUGAGCACAGCCCACUUUUCUAUCGACAAACUGACAUGAGUGUAACCGCUUUAUUUCCACUACCUAUUUUGAACUGAUGAAGAAGGCGGGGAGAUAUCGGCGUGCACAGCCAGGCCAGCAGAGACAGAAUGAAAGGGACAAUGAGGAGCCUGGCAUGUGCCCACAGAAUCAUAAAUACCCCCUUACAAUCAUAAAAACAAUCACCAACACUCUUACUACAGGACUGACAGAGAACGUGUUGUCAAACACUUAGCUAGCAUUUAACGCUUUAGGAGCAAACUAUUUGUAGCCUACGACGUGUUCUCAGUUUAGAAAUCACGCCACUUAACAGACUUUUGUACAGCAGUAUAUCCAUAGACUUGUAUGCAUUCGGUGCACAUAUUCCUUUUUGAGUCUAUUUUCUACUGAGCCAAAGUACUAGAUGUGUAACCCCACUACUCAGCAGUCUUAUUGUAAAAAAAAAAUAGUCACUACUAUUCCAAGUCUCUCAUGUGUACUCAUAGCACUGAUCUCUGCAGUAUUUGUUUUGUUUCGUCUAUCAGUAUUAUUCUGUGUCUGACGUCGAGGCACAAAUGUCCAUCGUCCACCCCACGCAGUCGGACUAGAGAAAACUAUUUCUGACGAUCAGCCGUUAAGAUGUUAUGAAUUGUUAUAGGGUUGGGUACCGUUAACAUUUGAAUCAAUACCGGUGCUGGUACCUUGAAGUCAGCACCGGUACCCAAUAUUACCUUUUUUCAGUACUUUACUCUUACUGUAAUAACAAAAAUGUUAUUUUUUAACAAGCUGCAGUCAACAUGCUAUGGUGAUCCUCUGCUUUUUUCUAAUCACACAUAGAGCGUCUCUAUUUAUGAGCUUGCUUGUUUGUGUGUCUGCUCGUCUCUCUUGACACACAGCUGACAAACGUGGAAUAAGUACAUAAAGUCAAAAGAUACAAUCACAAACAGCUGUUAUAUUAGUAGGGCUGACCCGAUCAUUGCCAUGGUACUCAAUGUCAAAAUCAGUAUUUGAAUACUCCAUUUAUGUACACACAUGUAAGUAAAUAUAUAUAUAUAUAUAUGUAUAAAUGCAUAUGAACACCCCCAAAAAUCCCAAAUAGCCCAUGAAUUAAGAAACAGCUAUUGAACAUUAUUUAUUCUGCAUCAACAUUUAAACUUAUAGUUUUGUGACUGACUCUCCUGUCAUCACUCACCGGCAGUCCAACACUACUGAAACUGAGACAGUUUGACCACAAGUGACAGUCUCACAGAUAAGCUAGCAAGAUGUCGAAAACGUCAAGCAUCUGAAACAAUUUUAGAAUUUGCGAAGAUGACCUCUAAAAGUGCCAGAUGCUUAAAAGGAAACUGGUAUGUCACUAAUCUACAAUGAACUCGGCAAAACUGUCAUUUAAAACUUUGCUGUCUGGCAAAGUAAUCUUUGUUUUUGAUCUGUAAUGGCUAAGGUGCGACCGGCGUGCUAACAAAGUGGCUAAAUGUCACGGUAUUUGAGGUGCAUUGACUUAUGUUCUGGCCUGACUCCUCAAAGUUUUGAUUAAUCACCAAUAUUUUGCACCAAAGCUUCAAUGCCUAAAAACUGGUAUUCAGGACAGCCCUGGACAUAAUGCAAUUUUUAAAACAUAACAGAAAAGAAAAUGGACCAGAUAGACUGAAACUAUUGACGCCACAACUUGCUGGAAAGUUGACUGAGCUCCUCGGCUGGCUUUUUGGCAAUUUACAGUACUUCCACCUCCUCCCUGUACCUGCCGUUCUCAUCGAGGUGCACUUUUAGGUACCCAUAGACUUCAGGUGAAUUGGUACUCUAUAGUACUAACGUAAUUUGGUCAGUACCCUCAAAAGUAAAAGUGUUCAGUACCCAACCCUAUUAUUUAGCUGUUAAAGGCAAGAAACACAGGGGAAAAGGAUGUGCAGUGUUCCUUUUGUGUGCUGUGCUGUUACACUAUGCAAGUUGUGAUCCUAAUAUGUACUGUAUCCUGCAAAAAAAAAAAAAAAAAAAGAUGUCAGAGUAAGGCAGAGAGAAAAAUGCAUCUCCCCCGACACGCUCACACAGACAAGCGUGUCAGUGAACUUUGUACAGACAGUACAUGGAAGAAAAAAAAUGCUGCACUGUAACAGACUCGUAUACUUCUUCCCAACAAAAAGAACUGUGAGAAACGCCUUUGGACCCUCCCUGCCUUUCGCUUCUCCUUACCAGGUUUAUAUUUGGAGCUUCAAUCUAAGCCAUCUGUAAAAUGUUUGAUCUGUUGAGUUUCGCUCCUGUCCUCUUGUUCUCAGUUAAUUGUCGACAGACUCACAUUUGCCAUAUGGUCCCAGAUUGUGACAUCCAGGUAAAGAAAAGCAACCGAAGUGAAUUUUAUCUUUUCAAUCUUCCAAGUGUCUUUCUUCCCUCCUCUUUCCUACGAUUGUCGCCCUUAUGUGUGGAAGAAUAGUCUUUGCAGGUUUGCUCACUGCACAUAAGAGGUCAGUAAAUGUUCCAGCUUUACCAAAUGAUACGCAGCAGGGCGGUUUCCUGGAUACUCAAGUCCAAUUUUUUUGUUUUCUGUACAUGGGUAAAGGACAUUCUCAGGAAACCGAUCCUACUGAGAUGCAUGAGCUUCUGUACGGGCUACAGAGCAGUGGGCCGGACCCAAACUGAGAAAACUAGAACCCGUAUUCUUAUGGAAGAACUCUCGAGAUGAUUUCCCUUUGUACUUGUUUUCUGUUUCUCACACUGCAUUAUGCAUGAGGUCCUUGAAUAUCUACUUUUUUUUUUUUUUUUUUGUUUGACCUGAUGUUGUUUACUUGAAUUUCAUGUAUAGAAAUGACCUUGUUACUUGUGUGAGGUACAACAAAGUCACAAUGAAGGUAACAGAUACUGAUAACUGCUACUACAUGUGCAAAUGCUUUCCUUGAAUAACUACAGAGGUAAUAUAUUUUUGUAUUUUUAAAUGUACGCAAACUCAUAUGUGUAAACUGCUAACCAAAAAAAAACACACAAAAAAAACAAAGGAGGAAUCAUGCAUAAUGUGCGCCAUCCUCAUACAAAACCCAGUAGACAGCUUGUAGUUGUUGAAACGAUAUGAAUGACAAAGCAGAGCUGGACUGUUGAAUGAAGGACAAGGACUUGAUGCUGUUGUCAGAGUACGGUCUUCACAUCAAGUGAAGGUCUCUUGCUCUAAGUGGAAGUCUGUAAGCACAAUAAGGAGGAAGAAGCUUCCCUGCAUGUUUUUAAAAGAACCAGACUCAUAUGUUAGUUAUAUAUCCAUCUGUAUAUAUAUAUAUAUAUAAAAUAUAUAUAUAUAUACAUAUAUAUCAUAAAACCUCUUCAAAUACUUGUUUUAGUCAUCCUCAUUAUGACCAUGUCUGAUAAGAAACUGUAUGCAUUCAUUUAUUGUACUGUUGAAUAAAAACACUUC